UUCCUUCAUGUACCGAGUAACUUCGAGUCGGAAGGCGGCUGGACCGCCGGAUGCAAGCAGAUCUCAGAGAAUUGACGUCCAUACUGUUUCGAUGUCGUGUGAGGAAAUCAAGCACGAUGAGCGAUUGAUCAACUUCCUGCCCACCAGACCUUGGGGUGAGAUAGAAAUGAAGUCCGUAUGCUGCUGAACGAUUGCAACAUUUACCAUGGCCGCAGAUACGGAGACGCAUGACGAUGACGGGUUUCUGAUCACCUGGGAGGGCAAGAAUGAUCCAGCAAAUCCAAUGAACUGGACGCUGCCAUACAAGUCCUUGGUAAUAGCGGUCGUCUCGUUCAACACAUGGGUAGUGUACGUGUCUUGCCAGUCCCGUCGCACGCCAUAACUCACAAACAAAGGAUCUACGCGUCGACUUCUUUUCUGAGCGGGUUGCCCGGCAUGAAGCGAGCAUUUCACAUCCAACAGGAAGAGCGCAUCACGCUCGGCGUCACCGUGUACCUUCUUGGACUUGCAUGUGGAUGUCUGGUUUUGGCUCCAAUGAGCGAGGUGUACGGACGAAGGCCUAUUUUCUUAUGCAGCAUGCUCUUCUUCACUCUCUUGACGCUACCCUGCGCACUGGCUACUUCAAUGAAGGAGGUACUGGUUGCUAGAUUCUUUGCGGCACUUUUCGGGUCGGCCAUGCUAUCCAACUCUCCCGGGACAGUCAAUGACAUCGUUCCGGAACGGUAUCGAGCAGCGGCCUACAGUUGCUGGAGUCUGGGCCCUCUUAAUGGCCCGGCGACUGGACCCAUUAUCGGUGGCUUUGUCUUUCAGUACCUUGGCUGGCGGUGGACGGAAUGGAUCAUUGUCAUUUUUGCCGGCGCUGGUCUCUUGCUCAUGCUCCUGGUAAGAGAGACUUACCAACCGGGUUUGCUCCGCAACAAAGCCGCAGAGAAGAGAAAAGCCACUGGCGAUGGCCGGUGGCACAGUCAUUAUGACGAGACAACAUCGACACCAUGGCAGAUCUUGAAGACCAACCUGAGCCGACCCCUGAGGCUCGCCAUCACCGAGCCUAUUCUGAUCUUUUGGAAUCUAUACACGGCAACAAUCUACGGCAUCCUCUAUCUCAGCUUCGUCGCAUACCCCAUCAUAUUCUCCGACAUCCGAGGCUGGAAACCUGGCGCUUCCGGCGCCGCCUUCACAGGCGUCUCGGUCGGCACAAUCGUGGCCAUCAUAUCGGAACCGCUUCUGCGGCGCCUCAUUAACAGUCACAGACCCGAGCCCGACACCGGUCGCGUCGCUCCCGAGGCAAUGGUGUCUGUGCUGUGCAUAGCCGCUCUCGUCACGCCACUUGGGCAAAUCUGGUUCGCGUGGACCUGCGCCCCGUCUUCGAUUCACUGGAUAUGGCCCAUCCUGGCCGGCGUGCCCUUCGGCGCCGGCAACACGUGGGCCAACAUCUAUUCCUGCAACUACAUGGCGCAAUGCUACGGUAUGUAUGCGGCCAGCGCGCUCGCGACGAACGCCGUGGCUCGGAGUCUCAUGGGUGCUGUCAUGCCAUUGGUCGGGAAGCCCAUGUACGCGACUCUUGGGCCGAACUGGGCAGGCACAUUACUCGGUCUGCUCAUGGUGGUUCUCGCUCCGAUACCCUUUGUCUUCUACCGAUACGGCGGCCGCAUCAGGGAGAAGUCCACGUUGAUCAGGAAUAUGCAGGUCGAGGCAUUUAUUUUGGCAGGUGGAAGUGGAACGAAUGAAGCUGCACGAACUCAUACUUCUGCGUAGGGCUGCUGUGCAGGAGGGGAAUGAUACCUCAAAGGUCGAGUGAAAUCUGGCAGAGCAUGGAGGUAUGCUGAUAUAGAGGUGUCAAUGAGGUCGAGGUUGGACGAUCGAUACUCACUCUCGGAUCCUGUCUAUCACAGCAAUUUCUCCUUGAUUGCACUUCUCCUUGACUGGGAACACAACCUCUCACUCGCUCUAUAUC